AUGUCGGGGUCAAUUCAGCAGCUGCUCGACAAGCUGAAGUCUUCGGACAAAGACAUUAGAUACAUGGCGGCCAGCGACCUUUUAGGGGAGCUGCAGUCGGUGUCCACCGUCGUCGCGCCGGCCCUGCAGGACCGGCUCACGGCCGCCUUCCUCGAGCUGCUCGUGGACCAAGCGGGCGACGUCGCGUCGCUUGCUGUGCGCUGUUUGCCGCCCCUGCUCCCUGCCGUCGGCGAGGCGCACGUGGCCCAGAUCCUGGACUCCCUCACGACAGGACUUCGCAGCACCUCCGGAAUGGAAUCCCAGCUGCGCGACAACUCCGCGAUGGCGCUCAAGUCCAUCGCCACGCACCUGCACGCGGGCAACGCCGUGUCCGUCCGCGCAGCUCAAAUUCUCACUCCGCGGCUGCUGGAGGCGGCCGCGGCGCCCGCCGCGGCGCAGGACACGGCCGCGGAGGCCCUCACGAUCCUCGCGGAGGUCCUCGACCGCCUCGGCCACACCGUCCGCGACGCCCACGCCGACACCAUGACCCAUUUACUCCCCCUCCUGGAGUCCCCCCGGGAGACCAUCCGGCGGCGCGCGGCCGCGAGCGUGGCCGCGCUCGCGCCGCACAUGACCGACGCGCACCUCGAGGAAACCGUCCAGGUGUACACCGCGAAGCUCCAGGCCGGCGUUUGCGCCGCCACCUUCUGCCAGGGCCUGGCCGGCAUCGUGCGGUCCGUGCGGCGGCGGUUCGCGCCGUUCCUGGGCGCCACCGUGCCGCUCGCGGUCGACACGUGCAACGGCGCGAGCGAGGAGGACUCCGAGCUCCGGGAGAACUGCUUGCUGGUGCUGGAGAUGUGUCUACAGGAGUGUGGGCCGGACGCGAGCGCGCACGUGCAGGCCGCGUGCAACCUCGCCGUGAAGCAGCUCUCGUUCGACCCGCACUACAGCUACAGCGACAGCGACGAGGAGGAGGAGGCGGGCUCUGAGGACGACUACGAGGAGGAGGAGGAGGUCAGCGACGACGACGACACCUCGUGGAAGGUCCGGCGCGCAGCCACGCGCGUCCUCAUGGCCGCCACCGCCGCGCACCCCUCCCAGCUCGAGUGGCUGGUGGACCGCUGCCUCCCCGUGCUGGUCGGGCGGACCCGGGAACGCGAGGAGUCCAUCCGCGUCGACGUCCUCCAGACCGCGCAGCUCGUGGUGAAGCAGGUCGGCGCCGUCCGGCAGCAGUGGCGGCAGUCCGGCCUCGUGGGGGAGGCGCGCGCGGCGACGCUGUUGCGGGACCAGCUGCCGGCGCUGCUGCAGGCGUGCCUGAAGCAGCUGCGCUCGCGGAGCCACAAGUCGCGGCAGGGCGCGGUGCGGGUCGUGCGGACCGUCGUCGACGCGAUCCCCGAAGCGCUGUCGCCGUGCAUUCGCGAGGCGAUGCCCGCGGUGGCGUACGUCCUGGCGGACCAGUCGACAGCCGCGCCGCUGCGGCUCGAGGCGCUCACGCUGCUCAGCGCAGUCCGGCAGACGCACCCGGCGUCCGACGUGGCGCCGUUCGUCGGCGAGUUCGCGCCUCUGGUCGCGGCAAACAUCACCGGGCAGUACUUCAAAGUCUCUGCGGAGGCGCUGCGGUGCGUGCCGCUGCUGAUCAGCGCGCUGCGGCCGGCCGGCGACGCCGCGCAGGAGGCCCCGCUCGACGCGCCGACGCUCACGGCGGUGCAGCCGAUGAUCGACGCGACAGUGGAGCAGGUGCGCUCACAGGAUCAGGACCAGGAGGUGCGCGCGGCGGCGAUCGCGGCGCUCGCGGACAUCCUCUCGUGCGCGGGCGACGCGAUGGCGGCGCCGCUGACGUCGACGGCGCUCUCGCUGCUGCUCGACCGCCUCAACAACGAGUCCACGCGGCUCCGCGCCGUUCAAGCGUUUGCGACCAUCGCGCGGUCCAAGGUGUGCCCGGACCUGGGCGGGCUGUCGUCGACCGCGGUCGAGACGGUCGCGGGGUUCCUGCGGAAGAGCUCGCGCGCGCUGCGCGGGGCGUCGCUGGCCGCGCUGGAGGCGCUCGUGCUACAGGACAAGGCCGGGGCGAUUCCGGGGGCGGCGCUGGCGGCGGCGGCCGGGGACGUGGCGUCGAUUCUGGAGUCGGACGAUAUGCAGCUCGUGGUGCCGGCGCUGCGGGCGAUGGUGGCGAUGCUGCGCGCGCGCCCGGGGGAGUGCAGCGACACGGCCUCCGGGCUGAUGGUGCCGCCCGCGCUGAAGCUGCUGGGGAGCCCGAUGCUCUCGGAGCACGGCGUGGCCGCGCUGCAGGACCUCUUCCGGGAGAUGGUGGCGGCGGGGGCCGUCGCGGCGGCGGACGCGCUGGCGAGGCUCUCCGAGGCGGGCGCGACGCUCGAGGCGCGCGGGUCGCAGCUCGCGGUCGCGAAGUGCAUGGCUGCGGUCGCGCUCGCCAGCGGGCCGGACAGCGCGGCGCAGGCCGCGCAGCAAAUGGCCGCCGCGGACCUGUCAGCGCAGGGCCGCCACGCAGUGCACCUGUUGGCGGUUGGCGAGAUCGCCCGGCGCGCCUCGAUCCCCGGCGUGGAGCCGUUCGUGCUCACGGGCCUCGGCAACGAGUCCAGCUCCGUCAAGGCGGCCGCCAGCGUCGCGCUCGGCGCCCUGGCCUCCGGGGACCUCCACAAAUACCUCCCGCUCAUCAUCAAACGCAUGUCGAGCGAGCAGAAACACCGCUACCUCCUCCUCCACGCCCUCCUCGAAGUCAUCCGCUCCAUGGCCGCGCCCGGCGCGAACGCGCCCGCCGGGGCCGCCUCCACGGUCAUGGGCGCGCUGCAGUCGAUCAUCGAAGCGACGGUGGGCGAGGAAGGGAUUCGGAAUGUGGUGUCCGAGUGCCUGGGCUCGCUCGCGCAGCUCGCGCCGCGCGAGGUCGUGCCGUGGCUGUCGUCGCUGCUGCAGUCCCCCAAGGCCGAGCUGCGGGCUGCGUCGCUUUCGGCGCUGCGGCACGUCAUCAUCGAACGCCGACGCAGCUCCGCGGUCGACCUCCCGCCGCUCCUCGCGACGUUCCUGGAGGCCACCUCCGACGACGACCUCAACGUCCAGCGCGCCUCGCUGCAACUCGCGGCCGCUGCACUGCACCACGUGCCUGCGCUGGUGACCGACCUGCUGCCCAGCAUCGUCCCGCGCGUGCUCGCGUGCACGCGGCUCCGCAAGGAGCUCCUCAAGGUCGUCGAGCUCGGCCCGUUCAAGGUCACCGUCGACCGCGGCGCCGAAGUUCGCAAGGCGGCGCUUGAAUGCUGUUCUCUCUUCAUCGACAGAUUCCCGGCACAGCUGGACGGUCCGGCGCUGAUCGAGGCGCUCGUGCACGCGGUGGAGUACAAGAAGUCGCUCGGCACCGCGUCGUUCGACGUCGUCGCGCCGGCGCUGCUCGCUCUGAGCAAGCUCGUGUCCGCGGCGCCGGCGAUCGCGGUGGGCGGCCUGGACGCGGUGGUCGAGGUGCUGGACGACAACUUGUCGGAGAAGCCGAAGACGGACGCGGUGAAGCACGAGGAGGACAGGUUCGAGGACAUGCACCGCGGGUGCCUGCGGCUGCUGCUGGCGCUGUCGGCGCUGGAGGGCGCGCAGCGGCACGACGGGCUGCGGAAGCUGCUGGAGUCGGUGCAGGCGGACGCGCGGCUGGCGUCGCGGCUCGAGGAGGCGCGUGCGGACCGCCUGGGGUCGCUGCAGGGCCUGUGA